AUGAUACCACCUCUCUCAGUUGCUCCUCGGUUUCCGGACUGCGUGGACUAGCAGAAAAUGCGUGCCGUAGCUGUAUGGACCGCUUUCGUGUUAGCGUACUCGAACAGCCCAUUCGCGUUCGGUAUACGAUACAUCGAUCCGAUCUCAGCGCAAUCAGGGAACUCCGGCGACAUCGCCGAGAAGCGCGUUGACCUGACCGAGCCGACAUGCGAAGAAUUGAGGGCAAUGUGGAGGUAUACCAAACGACAGAGCAGGGCUGCUAAGACCACCACUGGCUACUCUCUUUACCCUGAUCCAUUUUCCUACAACGUAUGGAAGUCUUACUCCGAACGGACCAAGCCUCCUCUUAACUAUCGAGGAAGAUUCACUGGAAGACCUCGUAACCGAGCCGGUGGUAAUGCACCUAUUUAUGGAAGAAUGGUCCAUAAAGCGCCCGCAGGAAGUCGGCUAAGAAACGGUAUGCGACAUUCUCCCCGGCCUUUCGAUAAGAUCCCUCGUUUAUACGGCACGGUUAAUUCGUAUCCACCAUCGUCGAGGACACGUAUGACCAGCUACCGCGCGGCGGGUGGUGGCUCACCUCCUCUGUCUCAGGUUCCUCAAGCCGGCAAGUUUCAACAGCUGAUGGAACUGCUUCAAGCUGAACGCGCCCGGGAAGUACAGGAGCAACGCAAGGCGGAUAAGACUUCCAUCUUCAAAGACGCGAUGAACGACGAUCAAUUUUUAAACAUGCAACAUUCCCGUAAGCAAUUUGCGAAGCCGACAGUACGAAUUCCGACGAAAAUUAAUUACGAUUUUGGCGAGGGACGGUAUACGUCGAACGUGCCCAAUAUUGGACAGAUCUGGUCGAGAAGCGAACCUGAGUCUCGAGAAUACAUGUUGCAUUAGUACGAUUUAUUAGGAAAAGGCUGAAAGAAAAUUGGAUGUAUCGGUUCAUCCGAUACAUUUAUACGCGACAGGACGCAAAAAUGAUUCGCAUCUGCUUCUCUCUCGGAAUCUCUGACAUCAUGAAACUAACGUGAAUCAAGCUUCUUGCGUUUGUAGCAAUGAGUAUCGUAACCCACCCCCCUGGAUGGAUUUCAAUGAUUUCGUUGCCACUUCGUCCUCCUCUAGGGUUGCUCGAGCCCUUGGUUAUCUUAAGCUCGUACCAUCGAGAUCUCGAUCUUUCUGUUCUCUUUUAACAGUUAGAGUCUAACGUUACCUGUGCCCCUUAAAAGAAAAAAAAAAAACCAAUGAGAAGUCAAUAACGGAACGGAUCGUGGUAAGUCGCAGCAUAAUACGGCUUAAAACGAGGGAAUACCAUAAAUGUAUAUUUUCUUAAUUCGUUUAAAAUCGCACAGAUUUAAUUGCGUGGGCGACGUUGACCGCCUAUCUAGAAUCUUGCAGAUGUAUAAAUUUAAUACUAUCUCCGAAUAUAACAACGGCGGUGAUGUAAUCGCAACUUGCCAUCGCUGGGCGGAGAAAACCCGAGUAUACCGGGUUAAAUCUUUAUAGUUGUGUACCAUGCUCUUCUACAUCUGAUGGAUAUUCUAUACAUCCUUUAUAUAUGAUGUUCCUAAAAACCAAAGAAAAGUUUAGACAUAUUUUAUUUUUUAAAAUAAUUAAGGUUUGAAAAAGGAUCUAAUUAUUAAAAAUAAGUUUGUUUCAGUAAAUUGAACAAUUGAAAAAUACUUAACAAAGGUUUUGAAAAGUGUUGAGGUGACUGCAAACGUCUAACCUAAACUAAAUAAGUGUUUGAACAAAUUAACAUUAAUUUUGAAAUAACAAUGUUAUUAAUUUUGUUGACGAGCUAUAAUCGUACUUUACUCUAACAAAUGUUCAUUGUGAUGUAUAAGUUCUAGUAGGUUAAUAAUUCUACUAUCAAUAAUGUUCCUGUUCCAUCGAGCGCCUUAACUUUUUUUUCCUUUUCGAAGAUGAAGAUAGAAAUUGACGCAUCACGUUGCUCUGGUUUUCUCCGCCUCGUUUGAACUUGGACAAUAAAAUAGAAAGACUAAUAUUUUGAAAAUUUUGACAGUAUAUAUAUAUAUAUAUGUAUAUGUAUAUGUAUACAUAUUUAAGUUAAGAAACUAUAAUACAUAAUCAACGGAACUGUACCGAAGACAAUAACUAUUCUUAAGAGAUAUUCUUGUAGUCUGUACGUAUAAUCAACGCGAAUGCGAUUACAAUUUCAAAUUUCGCGAAAAUGUAUAAGUAAUUUCAAAAUAAGACGAGUAUAUUAGUAUGAAAUUAAAAUAAACUUACACGUAAAGCUUCAAUUCUUGACGAACAUCUUGUUCCGACAUACUUGAAUUUCAUGUAUAUCGAUUAUGCGUACAAACGAUUAUCUUCGAUCCUUAAGCGCUCGAUCGAUUACCCGCCAAAUUUUGAACGUUCAGUUCGUCUUCUAUUAGAUACUCUUUUUGCUGUAUAAAUACAUCCAAAAGAUGAUUAAUAGAGGAAUGAAGAAGUAUAUUUUAUGAUUAAAUAUUUUAUAUAUAAUACUAUCAAACUUAAUUAUACGUAUAUUCGUUUUACUUACUAUUAAAGGUUAUGUGCCAAUGAUAAGCGCUUAAAGAUCAGAAUUAUAUUAAAGACAAUAAAUAUAAACGUUUCUUGUAAUCGUAUAACAAAAGUUAAAUAGGCUAAAGACAAAUAUUUACGUGGCUUAAUCCAUAUCUCAUGCUGGGAAUUAAUCACUUUCAGCUCUUAUGAUGCGUACAAAACGAAAACUUCUGAACAAUUAUAUAGAAGCAGUUUGAUAUCAAUUGCGAUUCCAACGUCUGAUUAUAAAUACUUUAUACUUGUAUACAUCCAUCUGUACGUAUAUACAUGCAUAUCAGAGUACACAAAUAUAUAUAAUAUACAUUUGUUAUGCAACUGCAACUAUUACUAUUUUCAUCGUAUUAAGUUUCAAAAAAAUGAAGAAAAAUGGAUAUUUUUAGCCAGGAUUCUUUAAUCAUGGAAUCAGUGCCUGAUAUCCAAUACUAUAGAGACUGGUUAAAAUCUCUUUGGAUUCUCUGUUAUUCAAACGUGUGCAAGUACAUAUGACAUGUAUACAUGUGGAACUAUUACACAAAGAAAAUAUAUUCCGAAUAAUGUUAGAAAUAGAAGAUUUAUGUAAACUGAAAUGAAUUAAUUUAAAGAGCGUAAAUAAGACACACGGAUCAAGGUAUCAAACCUUUGUCUUGUUCUAGUAUUAUACGAAUAAGAAUUAUGUAUUAUAAUAUGUUUUAUUCAAUCUGAAUUAUUAUUGAUUUGAUACUUAGACCCAGGUGUCUUCGUAAAUCUCAACUUAAGGAAUAAUUAGGUGAAAUAUGCUUACAAUUUCCUCUUCCAUAAUUGUUCAUUUUGCUCCAUAUCUUUUUUUUUUAUGUUUGAAAUAUAACUAUGACAAUAUUAGCUAUUGCAAA